CAGCCACAGUUACUUUAUUUCAACACCUUUUCUUUCGGAUCUAAACCCAAACAAACCUAAACCAUAAUGAUAUCCGUUAGUUCAGGUAUGGACGUAGAUCGGAACCGGUCCAGCUCACCAAAUUCACGAACUCCGAGGCUCGGUCCCAGUCGCCUCUCCAGCUCCCGAAUCAGAUCAUCUUCUUCAUCUUGCUUCUCGUUAUGGUAUCGAAGAAAACGAACCAAAGUUCUUUUGUCACUUAUUGCAUUACUCGCUUUAUUUUUCUUUGUUAAUUAUGUUAUGCUUCUUCGUCUUCAACAUCAACAAGAUCUACCUCAUCCUCUUCCUAAAUCAUCUCUUCGUUCCUCUCUUUCUAUUUCCAUUCAGGGAAAAUCGAACAAGAAUAGUACUAAGAAAAAACCGCAGAAGGGAAAUUAUGCAAGGAUGUUGGCAUUGGCUGCCCAUGCAUUGGCAGAGAACAAACGUGAACCAAAAGAUUUGUGGCAGGAACCCUUGGUCCCUGCUUCUUCUUGGACACCAUGUUCUGAUCAGCGAAAUUGGGAACCUAAUGAAGGAAGUAAUGGAUACAUUUUGGUUACUGCAAAUGGUGGGAUCAAUCAACAACGGGUAGCUGUUUGUAAUGCUGUUGUCGUGGCUCGGUUACUCAAUUCAACUUUGGUUAUCCCAAAAUUCAUGUACAGUAGUGUAUGGAGAGAUACAAGUCAAUUCGGAGACAUCUAUCAGGAGGAGCAUUUUAUUAACAACUUGACUCCUGAUAUUCGGAUAGUGAGGGAGCUUCCUAAAAAACUGCAGUCUUUGGACUUGGAGGCAAUCGGUAGUGUUGUAACAGAUGUUGACAUGGGAAAGGAGGCCAAGCCAAGCUUUUACUUGAAACACAUCCUGCCUAUUAUACUUAAAAAUCAAGUUGUUCACUUUAUUGGAUUUGGGAAUCGCUUGGCAUUUGAUCCAAUACCAUUUGAGCUGCAGAGACUUCGUUGCAGAUGUAAUUUUCACGCCCUGCAAUUUGUUCCCAGAAUACAAGAAACUGCUGGUUUGCUUCUUAAGAGGUUGCGUGGGCAUGCAGGUCUUAUUGGACCAUUGGAUCGGCAUCUUGUUGGUCCAUUUGGAGAAUUAAAUUUGGAGAAGAGUGAAAAAAGUUCCAAGAAAGCUUCAAAAUACUUGGCUUUACAUCUCAGAUUUGAAAUUGACAUGGUAGCUCAUUCCUUAUGUGAAUUUGGGGGAGGUGAAGAAGAGAGGAAAGAAUUGGAAGCAUAUCGUGAGAUCCAUUUUCCUGCACUGGCAUUGUUGAAAAAUACUACAAAAUUACCUUCUCCUUCAGAGCUCAGGUCUGAAGGGCUAUGUCCAUUGACACCUGAAGAAUCCAUCCUCAUGCUUGCUGCUCUUGGCUUUAAGCGCCAGACAAACAUAUUUGUAGCUGGUUCUAAUUUGUAUGGAGGUCGCUCACGGUUGGCUGCUUUGACCAGCUUGUACCCUAAAUUAGUCACUAAAGAGAACUUACUUUCUUCAGCGGAACUUGAACCAUUUGCUAAUUAUUCAUCUCAGUUAGCAGCACUGGACUUUAUAGGCUGUGCUGCCUCGGAUGCAUUUGCCAUGACUGAUUCAGGAAGUCAGCUAUCAUCUUUGGUGUCUGGUUAUCGAAUAUAUUAUGGUGGAGGAAGAAUGCCAACGAUACGUCCAAAUAAGCGCAGGCUUGCUAGUAUAUUCAUGAAAAACUCUACAAUAGAAUGGCGUGUUUUUGAACAGAGAAUGAGAAAAGCUGUCAGACAAACUAAACAUGUACAGACAAGGCCUAAGGCAAGAAGUGUUUAUAGAUAUCCAAGGUGUAAAGAAUGUAUGUGCAGGACAAUUUAAUUGAUUUACAUAAGCUUGACUGUAAUUUCCCAUUGUAAUUUGUAGCAUUGUUAAUCAUUAUUGCCACUCAUUCCUGUCUUCUUCUGGCUAAAUUGAUUAAUCCAUAGGUUGACUUUGCAUGGGAUUUAUUUACAUUACUGUUAACAGACAGGCUAAGGCAAGAAGUGUUUACGUCAGAACAUGUAUGAUGAGCUUCAUAGUUUAGAUCAUUGGGAUUUAGGAACAAAAAAAUAGUGAAUUAUGCAAUUUCUUCA